AUGUUUGGAGAGGAACUGAAGGGAAAGAUAUUUGUAUAUGAUCCUAAAAACAACUUAGUUGCAUAUUCCAAUCAGGUUAAAAGUGAUAUAAAGGUUAUAUAUGUUGGAGGUUUGGGAUCUCGCUUAUCGAUCUGUCUGCCUACCAUCAUGCUGAAUGAAUACUGUCUUGAGAAUGGAUAUGAGCUCAUAAUUCCCGAAAUGAGGUCCUAUCCUAAUUAUGGGCUCUUCACAAUUGAUGAUGACGUAGAGGACUUGGAAAGCCUAAUUCAUCAGAUUAAAGGAGACAUAGUUUUGAUUGGAAAUUCGACUGGAUGCCAGGAUAUCAUUCAUUACUUAAACAAGACGAAGGAUAAGAGGGUCAAGCUGGCUGUACUUCUUGGGGCUGUAAGCGAUGUCGAAUUCGAGGAGAACGAGAAUAAGGAUCUUCCUAAGAUAUUGGAAUGGGCGAGAGAAAUGAUAAAGAGAAAAGAGGAAGAUGUGGCAAUUAAGUAUUGUGGUACGGGUUCAUACCUAACGCCAAGAAGGAUUUUGGAUAUCUUUUCUAGAUAUGGAAAGGAAGACAUGUUUUCCAGCUACCUGGAAGACGAGUUUUACACAGGGCUUAAUAAAGGUGGCACAAGGCUUCUCUUUGUGGUGUCUGGAAAAGAUGAGUAUUCGAUAACAGACAUUGAAGCUAAGCUAAGGCUGGUUGGAAAUUCUCGGGUUGAGAAAAUACCGGAGGGAACACAUGUUUUAUCACGCACUGAAGAUGUCGAGACGUUCCUAAGACUUUUCUCAGAAGAGGUCAAAAAAGUGGUAUGA